AUGCGUGUGAACAGUCUGCUUCUGGCUCUGCCCCUGGCACGGGGCGCCCUUGCCCUCGAGCGCCGCCUCGAUCUUGACACGGCCGAGGACAACCGGGAGUACGUCGCCAAGAGCUACAUCAUUGAGUACAGCCGUAGCUCUCUGCGCAGGCGCCAGGCCAGCCUCGAGUCCACCGACGACAUCACUGUCGUCAAGACAUUCGAGUCGGACAUCUUCUCCGGCGUCAGCGUCGAGACCGAGUCCUACAACCUGGACACCCUCCUGAGGCUGCCUGAGGUCAAGAACGUCUGGCUCAACGAGAAGGUCGACCUGCCGUCCUUUGAGGUCCACCAGGGCUUCAGCGACGACGCCAAGGCCAUUGAGUACACGCCGCACAUCGCUACCGGUGUCGACAAGCUCCACGAGCAGGGCAUCCUCGGCAAGGGCGUCAAGAUCGGCGUCGUUGACACUGGUAUUGCCUACAACCACAAUGCUCCCUCCACCGACUCGGCCACUCUGAUCGAGUCUUUCCUCCGUGCGUAUGAGGAUGGUGUCGAUAUUAUCACUGCCAGUAUUGGAGGCACCAACGGCUGGGCUGAGAAUGCCUGGGCUGUCGUCGCCUCUCGUUUGGUGGAGGAUGGCGUUGUCGUCACCAUCUCCGCCGGCAACAGCGGUGCUGCUGGUGCUUUCUUCGGCACUUCAGGCGGUUCUGGUCGCAACGUUGUCGCUGUUGCGUCCAUUCGCAACGAGGUCUUCCCGGCCACGCCCUUCGAGGUCACCUUCAGCCUCGACGGCAAGGUCAACUCAACCAGGGCCGGAUACAUUCCCGCCUCAUCGAACGUGCCUCCCUCUGUCGUUGACUGGCCCAUUGUCCCCGUCACGCUCAACACUGCUGUUGCCGACGACGCCUGCUCUCCUCUUACCGGCCGCGACUUCUCCAACGUUGUCGCUCUUGUGAGGCGCGGAACCUGUGCUUAUACCGUCAAGCAGCAGAACCUUGCUGCCGCUGGCGCCAAGUACGUCCUGAUUUACAACAAUGAGGGCACCCUGCAGAAGCCUCCUUUCGACGCAGCCUCCCCCGCCCUGACUGCUGCUAUCAGCGCCGAUGCUGGCGUCGCUAUCGUCAACACCAUCAAGGCUGGUGGCAAUGUUACGGCCGACUUCUCCAUCAACCCCGAGCAGGUGGUUGCCAUCGACUAUGAUGCUGGUGGCCGCCCCAGCAUCUUCACCUCGUGGAGCGCCACAUACGACCUCCAGUUCAAGCCCGAUGUUGCUGGUCCUGGCGGCGAUAUCUUCAGUGCGUGGUUCGAUGGUGGCUACAACACCAUCAGUGGUACCUCGAUGGCCUGCCCUUACGUCGCUGGUGUUGCUGCUCUCUGGAUCGGUGCUCAUGGCGGUCGAUCCAAGCACGGCAACGGCUUCGCCAAGGAACUCAGCGAGCGCAUCAUCUCCAGCGGUGUCUCUGUGCCCUGGUCUGACGGCUCCGCUCUUGACUACAACUUCCCCGCCCCCCCUGCUCAGGUCGGUAGCGGUCUCAUCAACGCCUGGAAGGUCGUCAACUACGACACCCUCCUGCGGUUUGACAAGAUUGAGCUCAACGACACGCGCUACUUCAACCGCUACCACGACAUCACCGUCAAGAACGAGGGCAAGCAGACUAUCGAGUACGCUCUCUCGUACGAACAUGGCGCUGGUGUCGACUCUCUCGGCUACCUCCCCACCGUCACUGGAGGCCUCACCCGCCGUCUCAAGAGCUUCGCUGAGCUGCGUCCCAAGAAGCUCGAGGUUGGCAUCAGCCUGCCCCGCGACUUCACCCUGAAGCCCGGCGAGAGCAAGACCGUCAGCGUCAACUUCCGCAACCCUGACACCCUUGGCUGGAACGCCUCGGCUCUGCCUCUCUACGGUGGCAAGGUUUUCGUUGUUGGCAGCAACGGCGAGCGCCUGUCCGUUCCCUUCCUUGGCCUCGGUGCCGAUCUUAAGCGCCAAUCCGAUCCCAUCUACCAGUCCGGCUUUCCCCUGUCGUACUCGGGCGUCAGCAACACCCCCAUUGCUCAGAAGGCUUCCUACUCCUUUGACCUGAGUGUUGGUGCCCAGGAUUUCCCCAAAAUCUUCAGCAAGCUCAUUUGGGGCUCGCGCCAGGUUCGCUUCGAUAUCUACGAAGCUGGCUGGAGGGAGCGCAACUGGAAGUACCCUCCUGUUGAAGGCCAGAACGGCUACAUCGGCCCCGCCGCGGCUUGGGCUGGUGCUGCCUCGGUUGAAGUCUUCAACCCUGUCUUCCACAACCCCAACCAGACCUUCACCUUCCCCGUCACGGACAUCUACCGUAACGCGGAGAACACGGCACAGUUCUUCCGCUACUACUGGUUCGGCAGGCUGGGUAACGGAAGCCAGAUCGACGAGGGCAAGUAUCACAUCCGCUUCGCUACGCUGAAGCCGUUCGGAAACCCCGAGGCUUCGGACAACUGGGACGUGUUCCAGGCGCCUGAGAUCACCAUCACGGGCAAGUAUUAG